AUGUUGAAAGGAAGGAAAGUUUCUGGAAGAGGGGAAACAGUAGCUGCGAACUACGCAUUUGGACCACUCGAAGAUGAUGUAAUUAUAAAACAUAGGCUACUCACUCGUACUACUACUACAAGGGGCGAACCCCCGUUGAAGAAACUUCAAAAGAAGUUUGCUUCGUUUGUUUCGGAAGUCGAGAAGGAUGAGGAUAAUUACAAUGAUUGUGCCAAACUUUCCAGAGCUUUCUUACAGGAGUUGUCUACAUUUGAGAUUCCGUUACUCAAGAGCAAAGCAGUUAUUGAUGCUAAUGUAAGAGAGAAGGAGAAUUUUAAUGAGUUGAAGGAUGAGAUAAAUAGGCAGAUUUUGCAGGCACAGGCUGAUAUUGAAGAUUUAAAGAAGCAGCUUGAGGAGAGCAAAAUUGAAAGGCAGCAUAAGGAGGAAUGUGAGGCGAUAAGGAAAUUGAUCGCAAUGCAGCCCCCGAGGUCCCAGACGCAGAAGGUGAUAACGGAUUUAGAGAAAGAAAUUGCUGCUUUGGAGGCAGAGAAUACGGCUGGUUCGAGGUUAUUGGAGCUUCGGAAGAAACAAUUCGCUCUUUUGUUGCAUGUGGUGGAUGAGUUACAGAACACUAUAGAGGAAGACGAGAAGAAUUUGAUUGAGGAGAUGAGAAUGGCAACUGACGAGCAGAAGGGUGGGAUGGAGGAUGCUAGUGGGGGUUCAGAAGCCAUGACUGUUGAUUAG